AUGCUUCUCUGGAUUAUUCAAAUGCCUAUACAAGUCAACCAGGACGGUUUGGUGCUCGUCCAUAUCCUGGUUCAUAUGAAGCAGAGCACGCUACCUUUUAUCCACAGACACGUCAUUCUAGUCAGUAUACAGGAAAGUACAGCACGCCAAGGUCCAAAUAUCUUCCAAGACAACCACCACCAAUAUCGCUGCAGCAGGAUAUUGGGCAGAGCCCAAGGCCUCUUCUCACACGAGCUGCCUCUGUAAACAACUACGGUACUGCUCCGGCACGUUUGAGAAGAACCGACUUAGCUACGGAUCCCAAUAGCAGGCAGUGGAACUGGAAAAACAGAAGUUCGACAGACCAAAGUACGCGAUCGGCAAGUUUGACAUCUAUUGUAGACAUGUAUAGGCGUCCGUCUGCCUCAUCCAGCCUCUACGACUCUCAAAAUCGAUACCGCGAAAGUUACUUCGAUUAUAAAGAAAACAUAUACAAAACGUG